AUGGAUGAGAGGUUGCAGAAUGCUGCCAUGGAAGGAAAUGUGGAUGCAUUAUAUUCAGUACUUGCAGAGGAUCCGUAUGUUUUAGAGCGUAUUGAUCAAGAAACAUUUGUGACUACUCCCUUGCAUACAGCUGCAAGGGAGGGAAAGAUCCAUUUCGCCAAGGAGAUACUAAACUUAAAGCCUUCAUUUGCUUGGAAGCGAGACCAUCUUGGGCGUAGCCCCCUCCACUUGGCUUUGGAGGGAAAGCACCUGCAGGAAGGGCUUAGUCCCCGGGAUUUGGAUUUGGAAGAGAAGUACCAGGAACUUGUAACAUGGUUAAUAAAACAUGACAGUGAGGUUGUCCGUGUUAAAGCAAAGGGGAUGGUUACUCCUCUGCACUAUGCAGCUCAACUAGACGAUGAAUCCAGUGUGGCUGACUUUUUGUAUGUUUGUCCAUUAUCAAUCGAAGAGUUGACUGUUGAAUCUGAAACUGUUGUACAUGUCGCUGUAAAAAACGGGAGUUUGAAAGCUUUUAAAGUCUUGUUAGGAUGGCUUCGACGCUUCAACAAAGAGGAGAUCCUGAAGUGGAAGGACGAGGAAGGAAACAAUCCAUUGCAUACUGCAGUGUCUGCAGAUCAACCUGAGAUGGUGAAGCUGUUGAUUGGAUAUCUGAAAGUGAAUACAAACAACAGUAAAGGUUUGACAGCUUUGGACAUCUUCUACGUUCGCCGAUGUCAAGGUUCGGUAGAUGCAGCAGUUGGGGACGUUCUACUUGCUGCUAAUGCUAAAACUGCAUCUCAACUCCAUCUUCAGUCUUUAAGAGAUUCAAAAAAAACUUUACUAGUCGAGUACUUCUCUGGUGGCUUACCGUUUCCAGAAAAAAUUCUGAAAGGAUUCUCGCUAGGUUACCGAAGAGUUCAUGAAGUUCCUCUUGAAGUCCGGAACGUACUACUUGUGGUGGCUAUAUUGAUAGCCACAGCCACCUAUCAAGCAGCAUUAAGCCCCCCUGGAGGAGAUGACGGCAAUCUGCAUCCUGCCGUCAACAACGCUGGUAUCAGUAACGCCACCAGCAUCCUCUGUAAUACAGAACCUUCUGAACAACAUGAUAUAGGGACGAUGAUUCCGCGGUCUUCAGCACAAUUAUCAUUUUUGGCAACUAAUUCUUUGUCAUCUUGCAACAUAUUAUAUCCCAUGGUUCUUAGCUUGGCAACAUUCAAAGCUCACACAGAACGGCCACCCGAAGAACCUACAUUUGGGAAGCUUUGA